AUUGCAGAACUCUAAAUUCGGAGCUGACGCCUGAGCCGUGAAGGCAUCACUCGGCAGCUCUUUUAGAAGUGGACGCCGGGUGCUCGUGGCGCGUUCACGGACAGGUUGGAGAAUGGCGGGACUGUGGAGAUCCUACCAGGCUCUGAUGACCAGAUACCCGUGGACGGUGCAGAUAGUCACCGCAGGGUCUUUAGUCGGUGUCGGCGAUGUCAUCUCCCAACAGCUGAUCGAGAGACGAGGAUUGGCUCAUCACAACGUGCAGCGGACGGCCAAGAUGAUGAGCAUCGGGUUCUUCUUCGUGGGCCCGGUGAUCGGAGGCUGGUACAAAGUUUUGGACAGGUUGGUGGUCGGAGGAACUAAAAGUGCCGCCAUGAAGAAAAUGCUGGUUGAUCAGUUGUGUUUCGCUCCGGGUUUCCUGGCAGCUUUUCUCUGCAUCUCCGGCGCUCUGAACGGACUGACGGUGCAGGAGAACGUCAACAAGCUCAAGAGGGACUACACAGACGCCCUGAUCUCAAAUUACUAUCUCUGGCCAACAGUCCAGAUCGCCAAUUUCUACUUCAUUCCACUUCAUCACAGGUUGGCCGUCGUCCAGGUUGUCGCCGUUGGUUGGAACUCCUACCUGACCUGGAAGGCCAAUAAGAUGUGAACGAGGAUCGCAGGUCCGGCCUGUGUCGUUGCUGUUGUUGAUGACGGUUUUACUCAUUUGUUCGUCGUCGUCUGAUAUUUCCAAUGUGUAAAACUGUGACUGAGUCACUCGUAAAGGUCAGGAGAAAGUGCUCGUCUACUCUGAAUGACAAAUUCACACUUGAAAGUCAAACUUGCAUUUGCAGAAAUGUCUGUGAAAGUUUGUUAUUUAUGGAAAUGAGAUCUGGCAGCGUCGCCGCGGUGUAGCCACACAUACGCACACACACACACUCAUACAUCAACACCGACUGGCUCAAACUUUUCUGAUUGUUCUUGAAGACUUGAAAUAAUUGUGUCAGAGAAUAAUUGUACGUGUUAAUAGGAUCAUGUUUUGUCUCCUCAUGAUGUAAAUGAAUGAAUCAUGGAUCUGUGGUCGUUCUUUAGGACUGACUGACUUUUUUUUAAUGAGUUUUAGACGAUUCAUGUCUGUAUGCUAAAUAUAAGGCUGAUUAGCGUAGCUUAGCACAAAGAGUGAGAACGGGUGGAAACGUCUAGCCUGACUGAGUACGGAGGUAACAAAAUCCAACGACCAGCAACUCUCAGGUUCAUUUUAUUCAUGUUCUCAUUUGUUUCAUCACUACAAAAAUGAGUGAUAAAUGUGAUAAACUAUUUUUUCUUUUCAGCAACAAAUGUUUAUUUAACUAUAAUGAACUCAAACUUCACUUAAGAUUAGAAACAGUAACAAGAGUUGGAUCUCUGUUUCCCUUUUUAUGAAGUGUUAGCAUCCCAGUAUCUCAGUAUACACACUUUGGUCCACUAUUCAAUUCAAUUCAAGAGUUUGUCAUUGUCCAAAGGCAACGAAAUUGUGUGUGGAGCACAACACAGAGCAGAAGUUACAUUUACAAAUAAAAAAGUGCCGGUGCCCCCCCUCUCCAGUUCCCCUUAAAGUGCAAAGUGACAGGAUAAAGUGACAUUUAUUCUUGCCCGCCCUCCCAGAUCCCAUGCAUAAACAGACAGACUCCCCAUCCCCAUACUGAAAAUAUGAAUAAAUAAAUAAAUAAAUAAAUAGCUCCAAGAUACCAUAAUAUGAACAAGCAGUUAUCCUAGCAGCCCUUGUGAGUUUAACAGUCUUAUUGCCUUUUAGUCCAGGGUCUGAAUGGACCUGUAUCUUCUACCUGAGGGCAGCAGUUGGAACAGAUGAUUGGCAGGAUGGUGGCAGUCAUGCAGGAUGUUUAUCUGAGUAUGUCCACGGGAAAAUACCCAACAAGACCCUUUAGGGUAAAAACUUUCUCAGUCCAACAAAUGCCUUUCUCUGGGCUGAAUGAAAACUCACAAACUGGUCAUCUCUCGAAGUGAUGCUCCCAUAACCUGUGCACCCUCAAAAUCCACAUUCUGUGUUUCAGGUACCUCUUCUGUAGAAUCUGCUCCCUUAAUGCCCAUAAAGGUUUUGGAUAUGUCUUCCAUGCCCAUGUUCUCUGACAAAUCCCAGGUGUUCUCCACAACGUCUAAAAUCAUAGCCCUUUCUGACUGUGUAUGGACAAGCUUUGCUUCAUGAGCUGAGGCAUUUUCUUCAGACUUCUGCUGUCUUUUAUGUUUCCAGCACCAGAAAAUUAAAUCAAAAUUAUGAUAAUAAAAGUAAUGGUAGCAACCACUCCGAUUGAUACUCCCCUACCCUGUGAUGAAGUGUUUUGAGAUUCCGUGGUGAGGCUUAAGUCAACCGUGGGGUUUCAGCAAUGUCAUGGACCAUUCUAAAAUCUCGGUAGGUUCCUGUGAUAGUUCCUGUGGUGUUUUUUGUUUUUUUGCAUUGCCUUGUGAAGACAAGUCAUCUUGAGUGCUUGCAGACGUUUCGGUAGAUGUCAACAAACUGUAGUUUGCAGGGAAGGUGGUGACUAAUGAAGACCUGUACCUGUUCUUAACACGUUUAAUGGUUAGUGAGACGUCUCCAUUUGGGGAUCUGGGUAGGAAAAGUAGAAAGAAAGAAGUGGUGGAUUACAUACUCAAUGUAAGAGAUGAGGUGUUCCUGCUCCACUAGACCAUCUUGAAUGGUUGACCGUCCACUCGAUCUCCAAGGAACCAACAUCCACAGGAUCAAGGAUGAAAUGAUGUCUUGUCCUGGUGCUACUUGGUAUUUAGAAGAGGGGGUAGUUAAAUUCAAACCCCGGGUGGAUGUCAAAAGAACUGACAUCAGACCGAUGAGCAAGACCAAAGCCAUGGAAACGUUUGGGGCCUUGAAGGAUUAACAGCAUCAGGGUGAUCUCUUUAAGUCCAUUUACUGCACAUUGAAGUCUUCCUGUGUUUCCACGUGUCUUCACUCGUGUUUUGCCUCUUUAAAGACACGUUUUGUUUUUCAUGUACAAUUCUUUUUUUUUUUACAAACAAGGUGUUAAUUACUGAGCUUUAGAGGUUAAGGGCUAAUUGGCUGCAGGGUCUAGCUUUAUUUUCACCACACAGAUGUGGGAGUGGCGUCGAUCUUCUCGUCUAACUCAACAAAAAAACAAACUAUUCCUUUAAAGAGUAUAAUUAUAGUAUAAUUGAAUUAACUUCUGUCUAAUAAUAUUUACUGUAAAUUCAGGAAUCUGCUGAUGAAAUGUGGAUUUCUCCUAUAUUUUUCAGUGUACGUCUAAAAUGUGCUCAUGUAUGAUAACAAAGACAAUCUCCUGUAUGUGUGUGUGUAUAUACUAAUAAAAGUUUUACAUGAGGUG